AUGAAGCGCUGCCCUAAGAACAAGAACAAGGUCAAGCUGAAGGGAGUCGAAGUCUCAAAAGCAAACUCUGUCGCCACUGUCGUGGUACAGAUGGGCGUGCAUCACUCGUCUGUAUACCGCUGGAGAAAGCAAAAGACACAACUAGAAGGUGACAAGAAGAAUGGAAGCAAGUUCUACGUAAAUUCAAGUGCGAUCCGGUCUCGCAACUAUGUUGCUCUUCGAUCGUGGACUGCGCGAUUUCUUAAGAGAAAUCGCCUUGUGAUUCGGCGCGUUACGCACAAGGGAUCAAAAACGCGUAACGAUAUGCAGAAUGUUGCGGAUUCGUUUGCGAAUUCGGUGAACGUUGCAGUAGAAAUUGACGGAAUCUUGUCUUUUCACACCAAUUAUAAGAUAAAGCACUCAAGUCUCUUCAACAUAGACCAGACAGCUGUCUUUAUUGACAACCCCGGAAAAUUAACAGUGGAUUAUUGUGGAACACGAUAUUUGGCAUCGUUCAAGACGCAGCCGAAAGCACAGGGUGAUGCAACGUUUUUUGGUGCGCGUCAGCAACAGGAGUAA